UUAAUUCACUGAAGCAGGUCCAAUUAUUCAGACUAUCAAUUAUAAUAAUGUAUUGUAUACUUAAUUGAUAUUGAUUUGUUUGUUUCACAAAAUAUCACUACACGUUUUUCGUUUAGUUAAAAAAAAAAUCAAGAACAUUUGUGUGUGGAAUAGACCAAUUUAACUCGAUCGUAAUCUCAUAUCAGUAAUCUUUGGAUUUAACGCAGUAUCCGGAACUUUGUCUGUUUUCUGUGUUGCACCCGGGAGUGUUUUUUGCUGUCACACUGACGUUGGGGAGAUCUGAUGCAAGUGGAAUGUAUUGAAGGAAAAGCCGGCUCCACGAACACGAAACGGGUAAAAUAUGGCAGACUGUCAGGGAGACGUCACGUGUGAUCUGACGCCCAUGCAACUUUACGAGAAACUGAACCUCCAAGGAGACCAAGUCCGAGUCCUAAAGUCAGAGAAGGCUGCUAAAGCUGAGAUCGAUGCUGCUGUACAGCUGCUGCUCAAGCUGAAGGUUCAUUACAAAACAAUCACAGGGCAAGAAUACAAGGCCGGUUGUCCCCCCACUGACAUUUCAUCAAGCAGUAAUGGACCAGCUACAGAGGAUGGAGAUGACCAGGUGGACCCCUGGAACGUGUCCACCACCAAUGCCAAAGGAGUGGAUUACGACAAGCUCAUAGUGAGGUUCGGAAGCAGUAAGAUUGAUCAGGAACUGAUUGACAGAAUAGGCAGAAUCACAGAGCAAACACCUCACCGCUUCCUCCGCCGAGGAGUCUUCUUCUCUCACAGAGAUAUGCAUCAGGUCCUGGACGCCUACGAGAACAAGAAGUCAUUCUUUCUGUACACAGGCAGAGGGCCUUCCUCAGAAGCGAUGCAUGUGGGUCACCUUAUUCCCUUCAUCUUCACUAAGUGGCUUCAGGAUGUGUUUAACGUGCCUUUGGUCAUCCAGCUGACCGAUGAUGAGAAGUAUCUGUGGAAGGAUCUGACGCAGGAGCAGUGCUACCGCUUUGCUGUGGAGAACGCCAAAGACAUCAUCGCCUGUGGAUUUGAUGUCAAUAAGACCUUCAUUUUCUCAGAUCUAGACUAUAUGGGCAUGAGUUCAUCAUUCUAUAGAAAUGUGGUGAAAAUACAGAAGCAUGUAACUUUUAACCAAGUUAAAGGCAUAUUUGGAUUCACAGACAGUGACUGCAUUGGAAAGAUUAGUUUUCCUGCAAUACAGGCAGCUCCUUCCUUCAGCAGCUCUUUCCCGCAAAUCUUCAACAGCAGGAAAGAUUUGCAGUGUCUCAUCCCCUGUGCUAUUGACCAGGACCCAUAUUUCCGCAUGACACGAGACGUUGCUCCUCGAGUAGGCUACCCCAAGCCUGCUCUUCUGCACUCCACUUUUUUCCCUGCAUUACAAGGAGCUCAGACCAAGAUGAGCGCUAGUGACCCGAACUCCUCCAUCUUCCUGACUGACACACCCAAACAGAUCAAAACGAAGGUCAACAAGCAUGCAUUCUCUGGGGGGAAAGACACUGUAGAGGAGCACAGGAAAUAUGGCGGAAACCCAGAUGUGGACGUGUCAUUCAUGUACUUGACUUUCUUCCUCGAAGAUGACGAACAGCUGGAGAAAAUCCGACAGGAUUAUACCAGUGGAGCACUCCUGACUGGCGAGCUUAAGAAAUGUCUAAUCGAAACCCUUCAACCAAUGAUCGCAUCUCACCAAGAGAGACGCAAACAAGUUACAGAUGACAUGGUCAAGCAGUUUAUGACUCCACGGAAGCUAGACUUCGAUUUCUAGUAUAAGGAAAGAAAUGGAACUGAAGGAGGAAGAUGAAGUGGUAGCUCUCACUAUAUGAAUUACGGUCUAGAUCGUUAUACAGUCCCGCAAUAUCCACAACACACCAGGACAUCACAGUGAUGUCCAGCAAGAUUCCUUACAAAUAAACCAGAUGAAUAACAGCCAUACUCGUCCGAUAUUUAACCAUCCAUAAGCAUGAAGUAGCUCAGACAAAUUUUAUUCUAAUUUAUGUAGUUGAUAUGCAAACUAAUUCAGUAAAGGUGUAAUUUCCAUGUAAGAAGUUACCAAGCUGCAAGAGGCAUUGUUCAUAUGUUUACAUUUUGAUAGAGUACAUAUAAAUCCAUUGAAAAUAUUAUAAAGUAAGAAGUUGGGAUGAGAGUUGUAUAUGUUAUUACAGUUGUCUCAAUCACACACAAAUCAAACUAAUCACAUUCAAGUACACUGAUAUAUUAAUUUCAAAAUAAAAUAAAAAUUUUAGGAAAUUAAAUA